AAUAAAAUUAUAAGUUCCAAAAUGAACCUGCCGGAGGCGGAGGGUACUUUAGGGGAGGAGCCCGAAGGCCGAAGGGCACUUCAUCUUCAUCCCAAUGAGGCUUGAUGUGAUCGUGUAAUCACUCGUAUCUCUUUACUUUUUGCCUUUUGGCCUAAAAGCCGUUGAUAGCAAUUUGUGGAAAGCCGUUGAUAGCAAUUUGUGGGCAUGCCCAAAAACCGCUUAAGCCCUCAGCCUCCAUCGUAGAUUUCUGCUCUUCUGAAAUGUCCAUCUCUUACCUUUUGCGGGCUUUUGGCGAUACCCAUUGCGUUGCCAAAGGCAGAGCAGUCCAUGGGAAGAUGAUAUCAUGUGGGUUUCACCCAGAUAUUUAUACAAACAACCAUUUGGUUUCAAUGUAUAUGAAGUUUAAUCGAGUACAUGAUGCGCGUAAUGCGUUUGAUCAAAUGCCCGAGAGAAAUCUUAUGUCAUGGACGGCCUUAAUUUCUGGGUAUUUACGGGUGGGUUUUGCUGAAGAAGCUUUAUACUGUUUUAGGUUAAUGAUCAGUGAUGGCUUUAAUCCAAAUUAUGACACUCACGUUGGCGCUGUAUCUGCUUGUGCUAGCAUAGGUGCUGUCAGAACCGGGAAGGAAAUUCAUGGAAGAAUUUAUAGGAUUGGGGAAGAGUUGAAUAGCUUUGUUAGCAACAGUCUGAUCACUAUGUAUGGGAAAUGUGGCUUCUCAAACUCAGCUCAGUUGGUGUUUGAUGCAAUUUUGGUGCCAAAUUCGGUCUCUUGGACAUCACUUAUAUUGACUUACUGCCAGAGUGGAAAAAAUACAGAGGGUUUGAAGAUUUUCUUGCGAUCUUGGAAGGUGGGAGUGAUGGUGAAUGAAUUCUCUUGUGCUAGCGUCUUAGGUGCAUGUGCUGCUUUAGAAAAUUUUAGAGUUGGGAUCCAGCUACAUCCACUUGUUGUCAAGUUUGGACUUGGAUUGGAUCAGUUUGUGACGACAGGGUUGAUUAAUUUUUAUGCCAAAUGUGGGGAACUGGAUUCUGCUCAGAAAGCCUUUUUAGAGAUCAAUAAGCCUCAUUUGGCUGCAUGGACUGCACUGAUAGGAGGGUGCGCUCAACAGGGGAAAGGAAGAGAAGCUAUUGAUCUUUUUUGUAAGUUGCACUCUUCGGGUCUCAAACUAGAUGAAAGAACAUUCUCAUCUGUGCUUGGUGCCUUUGUUGGUCCGGUAGAGAUAGAAAUUGGAAAACAACUUCACUCUUUGAUUAUUAAAUUGGGAUUUAGUUCAUUUUUAUUUGUUGGCAAUGCAGUUCUGGACUUCUACGCAAAAUGUGGAUUCAUUGAAGAAUCCUCAAUGAUAUUUGAAGAAAUGGAUGAACAUGAUGUUGUCUCCUGGAAUGCAGUGAUCUCUGGACAUUUUAGAUCAGGUCAUUAUGGAGAAUUUGUGCAGCUUCUGGACCGUAUGUUGUUUGAAGGGUUUGAACCUAAUCUCUACACAUAUUCUAGUAUUUUGAGCCUCUGUGGUGACCUCCCAGCUAUGCAGUGGGGCAGGCAAACCCAUUGUUGCAUUAUAAAACCUGGAUUUGGUUCCAAUGUUUUUGUUGGGAGUGCUUUGAUAGACAUGUAUGCCAAGUGUGGAAGAUUGAGCGAUGCUCAAAAAAUUUUCAAUAAACUAACAACGAGGAAUGUGGUUUGUUGGAAUGCUAUGCUUGCAGGAUAUGCGCACCAUGGAUUUGGGAGAGAGGCUUUAGAGAUCUAUAGUAUGAUGCAGAAAGAGGGGAUCAAACCCAGUGAGAUCACAUUUGUUGGAGUUCUGUCUGCAUGUGGGCAUAUGGGACUUUUAGAAGAGGGAUGGCACCACUUCAAUUCCAUGACCAAAGAACAUGGCAUUACCCCAAGAGUGGAUCAUUUAUCUUGUAUGGUAAAUCUAUUUGGCCGUAGGGGACAAACAAAAAGGGCUUAUGAGUUUUUAAUGAGUUUUCCUGUGGAAUCAGAUAAGGUGGUUUGGCGAUGCCUCUUGUCAGCAUGCAAGACUCAUAAGGACUUGGUCCUGGGAAGAUAUGCCGCAGAGAAAAUUUUGAGUAUUGAUCCAGAAGAUACUUCAGCUCAUAUUGCACUAUCGAAUAUAUAUGCAGAGUCAAAAAUGUGGGAUGAAACAGCACAAAUCAGAAAGGUUAUGAAGGAGAAAGAAUUGAAGAAAGAUACAGGCUAUAGCUGGACUGAAUUGAAGAGCAAGAUAUAUUCUUUUGCUUCAGGUCAUAACGUGCAUUUUGAAGGGAAUAAUCUGUGUGAAGUUUUGAACGGGCUGACUGCCCAAUUGAUUGAUGUGGGAUAUAUACCUAAUGCCAUUUGACAGCAUGUUCUUCCUGUCUUUCAGCUAAGAUUUGCUCUAUAAUUUAAUGGGAUACAAUUAUUGACAGGUGAAAAGAGAAUUACUUGGAAGCAUCAAGAUGAUAUCUUCAUUAACAGUGGCUAAAAGCUACAUGCCAAAGAAACAGAUCUGCUUCUAGAGAAAGCAUUGACAAUUCAGUACCAAAGCUGACUUACAAUACAGUCAUUGCAUCUGAGAUCACAUCAAAUUCUGAUGUACAAGAUUGAAGCAAGACUAGCAAAAACUCCGUGGCUUGUACCCCUCGUUUCAGAGCAUUAUGCGCCAAGCAUUCAAUUUUUGGGCCAGCAGCAGUCAAUCAUAUCGAAAGAUCACCGGUGCCCCUGAGGAACUUGCUGUUUUCUGAACCUAAUCCUCUGCAAAAUUUCUUUUUAGGCACUCUUGUUCUUGGGCUCUGAAUUUUUGUAGACAAUGUUAAAGUAAUUAACAGAAUGCAAAGUAAAUGCUUGACAAAUUGCCUCAAA